AUGGCCACCUUGACCGUGCAUACGCCUCCAGCAAUUCACCAGUCUGAUCCAAUGCUGCAAGUACGCACCACCAACAGUCCGCUGCACAAGGCAAGCGCCUCUUUCCACCAGCAACAGGCUCAGCAGCACCAUCAGCACCAUCAGCACCAUCAGCACCAUCAGCACCAUCAGCACAAUCACCAGCAACAGCAACAGCAACAGCAACAGCAACAGCAACAGCAACAGCAACACACUCAGCAUCAACAUCAACAUCUGCACCAGCAUAUAGACUCUCCCUCACCUCCAUUGCCGCCAGCACCAUAUACCCAGCCACCCGUCACCUCGUCCCUGGCUACCGUCACUUCCGGCGAUGGAUGGGCCGUCGUGCCCAAGAGCGCAAGAGUCAAUGCAGCUACAUCUUCAGCGACAACAUCAACAUCAGCAUCAGCAUCAGCUGCUGCUGUAACCGCCGCUCAGCAAUCGGCAGCCUCAGACCUCCUCGGUCCCAGCCAGGCUGCCUAUGCACAAGCUGCUAACGAUAUGGCCAACCGUCGAUGUGGGCCCGCCUCGGCUGACUUGACGUCCGACUACGACGUCCCUUUCGGCGAGAGAGCCUCGCCUGCUGUCAUCUCUCUUUCUCAGCGAGGAGCAAGGUCGCUCAGCCGCAGUGGCACACGUCCAUCUAGCCCCUUGACCUUAUCUCCGGCACUAGCGACCGAAGCACCCAACCCAUCAGGCGCCCAUCGAGGUGGUCUUCGUGGAUCCGAUGAGCAUGUCGAGACCGCCGAGAAGGAUGUAGCUAUAGCCAACGCUGAUGUUAACUGCACCAACACUGGUGCUACCCCGCUCGUGCCUCCAGCAACACGCAAGCUUUGUGUUCGACAUCAGCGCAUGGCUGAUGAAGGCACUACUGCUCGACUUCAGAAGUCGAUCGAAAGUCUCCCUUUAGCAGACCAAACAGCGGUCAACACAGUCUGGUCACUCUUCUCGUCCUCCUCCCAUUCACGCAGGGCGUUGAUCCUUCAAGGAAUCCUCACUAUGUGUUGUUUCAGUCAGCUCUCGCUCCUCUCCUCAGAGUUGGCACUGGCGAUUCGUAUCGACCCAUUCUCGCUCUUUCCCCGUGAAGUCUCGCUCAAGGUGCUUGGUCAUCUUGAUGCGAUGAGUUUGGGUAGGGCUGCACAGGUCAGUCGGUCUUGGAAGCAGCUUGCGGAUGAUGAUUUGCUGUGGCGCAAUAUGUGCGAACAGCAUAUCGAACGUAAGUGCGAAAAGUGCGGUUGGGGUUUACCGCUGCUGAGUGAGCGUCGAAGGAGAGUUCCGGGCCCUGCGGUGCAGUUGGGUACUCCCGAGUCGCGCGAUCUUAGCUCUGAUGGAUCGGGUGGUACGCCGGGCUCGUUGAAGCGGAGUAUUACGGCUGCUGCUAAUGCUGCUGCCUUGGAGAAGCAGUCGAGAUCGAGGGCGUCCAGUCCCACUCCUUCGGGUUCAGGGGGUAGAGGUCAUUCGAGAUCGGUUUCGGGACAGAGGGAUUUGCAGAUGGGCACGAUUCCCGAGCAGCACCACCAGCAGCAGCAAAGGGAUCGUGAUGCACCUCCGCUCAAGAAGCAGCGCAGUGGGCUGAACGGUGAAGCAACAGCUUGUGGCUCCUCGUCGAGUAACGCUGUUCCCCCUAAGACUCGACCUUGGAAAUCGGUCUAUUGCGAACGACUUGCUAUCGAGCGUAACUGGCGAAGGGGUCGAUUCACCUCUCGAACUCUCACCGGGCACACGGACGGUAUCAUGUGUUUGCAGUUCAACGAGAACCUCGCCCACCCCGCUUUCCCUGUUGUGAUCACGGGCAGCUACGAUAGGACCGCACGAAUUUGGAACCUCGAAACGGGUGAAAUGCUUCGUGUGCUCGAAGGUCACACACGCGGUGUCCGCUGCCUCCAAUUCGACGAAGCAAAGCUGAUCACCGGAUCGAUGGAUCGCACGCUGAAAAUCUGGAACUGGAGAACAGGCGCACUCAUGCGCACGCUCGAAGGUCAUACCGAAGGAAUCGUCUGUCUUCACUUCAACGAGGAUACCCUAGCAAGUGGGAGUGCGGAUAGCAACAUUAAGAUCUGGAACUUCCGUACUGGCGAAUGCUACACGCUUAGGGGACACCGGGAUUGGGUUAAUGCCGUAACUCUCUGGACUGGUCCCGCUGCGAAGAAACGCCAACAAAGACUUAGGGAAGCAUUGAGGGCGGGAAAGGCUGCGGCGAGUAUCAAAGACGAAGAUCUGACCGCAGCAGGGAGUUUCCUGUUCAGUGCCAGCGAUGAUGGGAGUAUCAGACUUUGGGAUUUGGGAUUGCGGGAGUGUUUGUUGACGUUCGAAGGGCAUGUGGGGCAGGUGCAGAGCUUGAAGUUGAUAAUGAUGGACGAUGAGGCGGUUAGGAAGUUGGUUGGUGGUGCUGCAGGGGGUGUUGGUGAGGCGCAUCUUCAGCGGAACAAUGGAAGUUCGAGGAGAGCUUCUAUCCCUGCUAAUGGUGGUGCAGAUGAAGAGGCGGUGGAAGUUGUUGAGGGGGGAGGUCAGGAUAUGCUUUCGUUGGAAGAUCAAGAGAGUUACUUUUUGGGCGAUGCAAGUUUGAGCCCAAGUAGAAGACAGAGUGGUGGUGCGGGAGGAUUGGCUUCGAUCGUGGGUGCUGCCGAUAUCGGUGCUAGAGCUGGCGGUGGAAGGAGGGGCUCGUCGAGUGCAGGUGAGAUUCCGGAGCGAUUCUUCCAUGCCAGUACCGGUAAUGGUAAUGCUGGUGGUCCUCGUAGAUCGAUUCCCAACCCUAGCUCCAGCAGCACAACGACCAGCCAAAGCCGUAGGCGAAGGAUAGACAAAUCCCUCCUCCGAGUUCAAGAACGUCUUUGUGCAGCCGGUCUAGUCGAACCCCUUCCACUCGAUGCUGAAAUGGGUGAUCUCGACCCGACGAUCCUUCCCUCCACCUCUUCUCAACCACCCUCCUCUUCCACCUCAACCCCCUCCACGUCCACCAAUCCUCCUAACUCACAUCACACGAAACCGCGUCCAGUCUUGAUCUCAGGUUCGCUCGACAACACCCUCAAGAUCUGGGACGUUAGAACAGGCCGUUGCAUCCGCACUCUCUUCGGUCAUGUCGAAGGCGUUUGGUCUCUCGAUGUGGACAAGCUGCGAAUCGCAUCUGCAAGUCACGAUAGAACGAUUAAGAUCUGGGACAGAGAUACAGGAUAUUGUCAGAAUACGCUGGUGGGUCAUAAGGGUGCAGUUACGUGCGUUAGUUUAAGCGAUGAUAAGAUUGUCAGUGGGAGCGACGACGGGGAUAUCAAGGUUUGGAGUUUUGCUGCUGGAGCGGGUGCAGCUGGUGCAAAUGGGAGUGGGGUAGUGGGUCAGCAACAAGGGGGAUCCUCGCAGUUACAGCCUCCACCACAGCAGCUUCAGCAGAGUGGUCAGCAUAGAUUUGCAAACCCAGCUGCCAGUGCGGAUAUGGACAUCGGUGGGCCUGCGCCCGCAUCCUAA